UCUAUAACAGCCUGUUGUCCCAUGCGACGAUACUCAGUCUAAAGGUCCAAACGAAUCUAAGUUGGUCGCUUAGAUCUCCUAGUGAUGUCGUCAUCUGAUUCUGACAACCAUGACUCAGAUAAUGGCUCUGAUAGGGAUUCAGUCAGUCAUUAUUCCAGCAUCAGAAGUUCUCCGUCCUCCAAUCAUUCACGAGGCAGUUCACCCCCUUUGUCACCUAGAUAUUCUGAUUAUUCCGAUACAGAGGAGCAUAAUGGACCAUCCAACGAGAUUCAUGACCCGGCCUUUAAUGAAUCAAAAUCUAGGCUUAACAUCAGUGAAAUGCAAAAGAAUGGACGUUAUUGCGAUAUCACUAUUCUUGUUGGCGGCAAAAGUUUUCCUUGCCAUAAAGUCAUACUUGCAUCAUGGUCAACCUAUUUUGACUCCAUGUUCUCAAGUGGGAUGACUGAGAGCAACAGCAAAGAAAUCACCCUUAAGGACAUAUCAGUAGAAGCAUUUCAGGCCAUAGUGGACUAUAUGUAUAGAGGCGUCAUUAAACUGGAUUCCGUUGAAAUUGCGUUGAACGCGCUUAAAACAGUGGACAUGCUUCAGUUCGACAAAGAAUUCCACAAACGUUUGGUGGUAUAUCUCUGCUCUGAGUGUCAUCCGGCUAACUGCUUGACUAUGUUAGGACUUGCCGAUCUGAUUGGCGAGGAACAACUAAAGCGACAUGCUAAAUCCUGGGUCUUGAGUGACUUUAAAUAUAUAAUCCAAACUGAAAGCUUUCUGCAAAUGGAUGCAAAACUUCUAAUUGAAUGUAUCAGCGAUGUGAAUCUUGUGGCAAAAGAGGAAGAAGAAGUUUUUUUCGCAGUGGUGAAAUGGCUAGAUGUAAAUUACUCAACAAGAAAACAGUUCGCUGCGGAACUGUUAUCCAAUAUCCAAUUCUGCUUUAUGGAGUCGCAUGUAUUGUUUGAUUCUCUUGAGAAAAAUGAGCUUCUCAAAGACUUGCCCGAAUUCCAAAGAUAUCUAAAUGAAGCUAAACGCCAUCAGGUUAUUCCAUGUUAUCGUCACGAUGAUCAUGGUAGACGCUGUAGGGCAAGAACCUGCAACACUAAAGUUCUGUUGAUGUUUCCAGAAGAUGAAGGUGGUCCUAUCGAGAACCCUUUUCAUGUCCCAAAAUCUCACGAAGAAACAUAUGAACCAAUACCAUUGCCUCAUAAAAUUGGUGAUGCAGUUGAAGGAAAUGGAAUUGGCGCUGUUAAAGUUUGUCUUGUUGGACACACAAUAUUUGCAUGUGUAUCCGAAUCCAUGUGGAAAUGUCAAUAUAAACAUAACCCCCGUUAUUCCAAAGACCCCGAGCAGCCAUACUGGUGGGGUAGCUGGCAGCCAUGUUCUCCCAAGUCAGAUUUCAGGCAUUUCUUCAGUCUGACUCUGGCUGGAUCUUAUAUCUAUGCAGUGGGGGGCAAAGACAUAAACGGUAGAGGUUCUCGCUUGAUUGAGAGAUAUGAUUGGGAAGAAGACCAGUGGAGAAAUCCAAAAGAUGGGCUCAUUACUGGUGUUUUCGGUCAUGCUGCAGUUGUAGUUAAAAACAAGCUGUAUAUUUUGGGUGGCAUAACAAAUCUUGAUCGUGCAACUGAUGCCGUUCAAGUGAUCCAUCUUGACCAGAAAAAGAUGAAAAUCGUAAGUGGCCCUAAAAUGCUUGAACCCCAAGAGGGCCAUUCUGCUGUUGAGUUCAAUGGUCGUAUCUACAGUGCAGGCAAGCAGUUUUUGAUGUUCGACCCUGAAACAGCUGUUUGGACAAGACUCUCGUGGCCCAGUGGACGCAUUGCACAUACUCUCCAAGGGAUGACAGUCUAUGGUUCAAGUAUCAUGAUGUUUGGAGGAGCUCUAGAAAAUCUCAGUGAUAUUGAUAGUUACGAUGGCCACAGCAGUAUGGACCUGCUACGAAAGAUUGUCUCUUACAAUGUAGAAGAGGACUCAUUUGAUCAUGGAGACUUACCUAAUCCAAUGGCGUUUGGAGGGGCACUUUGUGUGGUAAAUAAUAAACCCCUGAAGUGGUUAUAGAGGAACAUCUAUGAUGAUUUCAUGAACUACAUAAUAUGUACAUGUACUAUAAUUUGACAGUAUAACAGACCAGAUCUGAUGCCUAUAUAUAUCCAGAUAUACGUGCAGGAUUCUAAAGAAAAACAGGAAAACCUGUUCAGUCUAAUCCGAAAACCAUUGGGACUAAACAGACGUGUCCAGACUAUCAGAUGAAAGCAAUCAUCACUUUGGAUGUUGCUAAUCUUAACU